AUGGAGCAGAGGGGCAGACGAGGCGGCUGCUUUACAUCUCACCCCACAUAUGCAAUUAAGGACCUUCUUUUAAUUUACACCCAGAUUUUGGCUUCGUCCCCCCCACCACCACCAUCACAACGUCCCUCCUUUUUUUCUCUCAAUUUCGCCGCUGACAUCUACCACCGGUAGCGCACCGGUCUACCACUUCACCCAUCUGUCAACACACCACCGGUUUCGCCUAUGAAUCAGUGGAAAAGAAAGAAAAUCCCGUUAAAGACAGAUAAAUAGAUUUUCCCGCGAGGUUUCAACACCUUCUGCUGGAAGUGCCAGGUCGCUGUUAGAGUCGCUAUGGAUGAGACAAUCAUGUCCCCGAGGAUCUGUCCGUGGAGGAGAGGGAUGAGCUGUCGAACAUCAGGCGGAGGAAGAGAGAGCUGCUCGACGAUAUAGAGAGGCUGAAGUUUGAGAUAGCAGAGGUCAUGACCGAGAUCGAGCAACUGACGUGUGUAGGAGAAAGUAAAACGUCCCAGAGAAACAAACAGAUUGCUAUGGGCAGGAAGAAAUUCAACAUGGAUCCUAAAAAGGGAAUCCAGUUCCUGCUGGAGAACGACCUUCUGCAGCACACUCCAGAAGACAUCGCCCAGUUUCUCUACAAAGGCGAGGGCCUCAACAAGACCGUCAUCGGGGACUACUUAGGCGAGCGGGAUGACUUCAACAUCAAGGUGCUUCAGGCUUUUGUGGAGCUGCAUGAGUUUGCAGACCUAAACCUCGUCCAAGCACUACGGCAGUUCCUGUGGAGUUUCCGCUUGCCCGGCGAGGCACAGAAGAUUGACCGUAUGAUGGAGGCCUUUGCCUCACGGUACUGCCAGUGCAACCCGGGUGUCUUCCAGUCAACAGACACCUGCUACGUGCUGUCAUUCGCUAUCAUCAUGCUGAACACCAGCCUGCAUAACCCGAACGUCAGAGACAAGCCCCCUGUGGAGCGCUUUAUCUCCAUGAACAGAGGGAUCAAUGAAGGAGGAGAUCUGCCAGAGGAGCUUCUCAGGAACCUUUACGACAGCAUCAAAAACGAGCCCUUCAAAAUCCCAGAGGACGAUGGGAACGAUCUGACACACACCUUCUUCAACCCCGACAGGGAAGGCUGGCUCUUGAAGCUCGGUGGCCGAGUGAAGACAUGGAAGAGGAGGUGGUUCAUUCUGACCGACAACUGCCUCUAUUACUUUGAAUACACAACAGAUAAAGAGCCUCGUGGGAUCAUACCUCUGGAAAACCUCAGUAUCAGAGAGGUGGAUGAGCCGAGAAAACCUAACUGCUUUGAGCUCUACAACCCCAACCACAAAGGUCAGGUGAUCAAGGCCUGCAAGACAGAGGCGGAUGGACGCGUCGUCGAGGGAAACCAUGUAGUGUACAGGAUAUCAGCCCCCACUCCGGAGGAGAAAGAGGAGUGGAUCAAAUCCAUCAAAGCAAGCAUCAGCAGGGAUCCUUUCUACGACAUGCUGGCCACCAGGAAGAGGAGGAUAGCCAACAAAAAAUGAUGAUGACUCACUCACAGCUACAUCAAGUGUCAGCAGCAUUUCUGUCAUCAGGAGUCCUUGUGUGUAUGUGUGUGUGUGUGUUUAAGAGUCUCUCUGUCAGGCUUAUGGGACUAUAUGGAUCAUCCCUAGUUAUGCCUGAAGAUUUUUCUGCACCUCAAUUCUUGGCUGAUGGGAAUGCCACAAGCAAAAAAGGAAAUCCUCACCAAGCUGGAUGAUAACAGAGAACAGCAUGAGGACUUCAUAUAUUUGGAGAUAGCCAUAGCUGUAAUCACUCUUUUCAUCGUGCUUUAAUGUGAAACUGCUCCCUGCUGGACACAUAAGGCACUGCAACACAUUGGGAGGAUUUGAAACUCUGAAUAUCCACACAGCUCCAGCCAUUCAGACCAACUUGUCUGGUCUCAGCAUUUUAUUACCUUCACCUCCUUCGACAACUGCCAACAAUAUUUUCUAGUAACGCGUCACUACAGAAAGCCUCAAGCUUAUCAGUCAGCUGGUCUGAUUGGUAGCCCUUAAGUGACUGUAUCUGUAUAUGCAAACAUACUCAACACAGGUUCAUACGCUUCAUUUACAAUGUUUCCUUUCUGAAGGCUAACCGGCUCGAGCGUAAUGAAGCCUGUCAGCAGUUUUGAAAAGCUAUAAUGUGUCAUAUUAACUCACGUAGUGAAGAUCCACCUUUGCGAUUGUUUCUUUUUUUGUAUUUAUUUUCUCAUCUUUUCACAAAAGAGGCAGCCCCCUCCCCCCCGACUCACAUUAUGCAUGUAUAGUAUAUAAUUUACAUACUGUUGUUUUUUGUGUUCACGUAGUGUGGAAAUUAUAUUGGCCUUUACCCGUUCACCUUUUUUUUUUUUUUCUUUUUUUAUAGUUUUACAGCUAACAGUUUACAAUGGUGGAAGAGGGUUGUUGUGCAGCUCUUUGUGGAGCAGUGAACCCCCCCCCCCCCAAUACCCUCACACUGUUAUUACUGAGGUUCAGAUAAUACAUGAUGUUAUAUGAAAGAGGAACAAGAGAGUAUUAGGACAGAAACCCUUCAAAAUAAGAUGCUGGAAUUUGUGUGAAUGCCAACUGGAAUCUGAGGACCGUUUUCCCAGGCAGCUCAAACCGACCUGCAGCCAAAACUCGUCUCACCGGGUGCAGCUUUCAGCUUUAAGCACGGUUUGGCGUUUGCCCGGGAAAGCGGCUCUUGAAUACUUUGAUGUACACUCUUGAAUAAAAAAUACA